GACAAGUUGAAAAGUCAUACAAAAUCGGCACAUCUCGUAGUACUCAAACGUGUGCUUACUGUUCUCAUCUUUUUUCCUCAAAAAAUACUGAAUAGAAGCAUUUUCAUAUCUAUUUAAUAUGAGUUCAAAGACGGACACCAAGAACAAGGGGACAUUCCAGCCAGACUCAGAUGUGCACAUCACUAUCGAUGACCAGAUGAAAAUCAACAAAUUCGCAAAUUAUAAUGCGAAGGUGGAGGAUCUCAAGGAGGAACUCAAAAUAAAACAGAACGAACUGAAAAAUCUCGAAGAAGCCGGGGACGAAAUUGAGCUGAUGGAUGAGGACACACAGAUUCCGUUCCUGAUUGGGGAGGUUUUCAUCUCACAUAAUCUACCUCGAACACAGGAACUGCUGGUGGAAGUUAAGGCGAAGAAAAAACAAGAGAUCGAGAACAUUCAAAAGCUUUCCAAAGACAUCCAAGAGAAGAUGGGUGAACUGAAGGCACACCUCUAUGGUCGGUUCGGAAGUAACAUUUAUCUUGAAAACGAUGAAUAGUUAAUAAAAUAAUGAUUCAAUUUAACUAAAA